CAAACACAGCGUUGUCAACCAAAAUCCCCUCAAAGCAAUGCAGCCGCCUUAAGCUCCUCUCUCCCUCAACAUGAGCUUCUGUGGGUCCCCGGGAUUACUCUCCUCGGGGACGUCCAGAGCCACGUCCUCCUCCCUGCUGAAGCUCAGGCAGCUUCUGGAGGACAAACUGCAGCUCCUCCAGGAGACUGUGUGUGCAGACAGGCAGGUGUGUGAAGAGAGCAACGCCGUCAGGGACCUCAGGACGCACGUGGAGCAGAGUCAGGAGCUGAGAGGCCACCUCACUGAGCUCCAGAGGAACACCGAGCAGGAGAUCUCCUCCAUCUCACAGCAGCUUGGGUCAAUAGUUGUCCAGUGUGAGCUGCUGAGCUGUGAGUUAGCUGAUCUCGAGAGGCAGCAUUUAGAGGUGCAGUCCGCCCUACAAAGGAACCAGGACUCAGACACCAGAGCCACUUUACUGCAGCAGAGGCGUGAGCUGCAGAUUUGUAUAGCCGGCCGGGCAGCGCAGAGAGAGCGUGUGUGUUUUCGGGAGCAGGCCCUCCGAUCCCUACAAAGCAUUCUGAGCGCAGACGUGCACAGGUACCAGCAGGAGGCCCACAAGCUUCACCUGCUCAGCCACAGAGCCAUCCGUAGCAUGCCAGGAGAGAGCCAGCACGAACUGGACCACAUGGACAGCCUGUACGCGCGCAGCAGGACAGCCCCGGCGCUGCGCUCAGAGCCGCUCACCAACGGACACGCCGCCGUGACCACUAGAGCGGGCUCUCAAGAGUCCACGGGCAGCCUGGACGACGAGGACCGGAGGUGGAGGGCGAGCAAGCAGGCCGCGUCCUCCAAAGGCACCAGCUUGACACGCUCAGGGAGCGUGAAGGACCUGAUCCACAAGUUCUCUGUACCAGAGAGCCCCAUAUCGCUCUUGGAAACGUUCCCCAGCGGGGGGCCUCUGAGUGGCAAGGCCCCUGUGGUGGAGCCCCUGAGCAGAGCAGAGCCAGAGAAACCCAGGGGAGCAGCAGAGCUCAGCAGACCUGCUGUAGCAGAGCACCAGGGAGGCAAGAGAGAGAGCUCCCCUCCAGAGCACCAGCACCAGGGAGGCAAGAGAGAGAGCUCCCCGCCAGAGCACCAGCACCAGGGAGGCAAGACAGAGAGCUCCCCUCCAGAGCACCAGCACCAGGGAGGCAAGACAGAGAGCUCCCCUCCAGAGCACCAGCACCAGGGAGGCAAGACAGAGAGAUCCCCUCCAGAGCACCAGCACCAGGGAGGCAAGACAGAGAGAUCCCCUCCAGAGCACCAGCACCAGGGAGGCAAGACAGAGAGCUCCCCUCCAGAGCACCAGGGAGGCAAGAGAGAGAGCUCCCCUCUGAAGAGCUCCAUACCCCCCGUGGCCACCAUGCCCCUCGUGACUCCCGUGACGGUGACGGUGACUCCCCCCACUGAGGGAUCCCCUCACACGGCCAAGCAAAGCGUGACAACAGGCCCCUCCAGUGGGGCUCCAGCUACCAGUGGGCUAAAGGUGGAAUCCAGCUUUGAUUCCAACAAGCAGCCCGGGAGCCCGUCGUCCACGGAGGAUGAGGCGGCGCCCGGCGUCAAGCCCGCCCAGAACCCCAAGUAUCAGCUGUACAUGAGCGGCGACCCCCUGGGGAACGGCACCAGAGAUCCAGACAGGCUGGCGAGGGAGAACGGGCUCAGGGCGGCCAGCCACUUGGAGGGAGGCAGCUACCGCGGCUCCACCGAGUCACUGCACUCCCGGGACUGGGACAUCACGUCGGACCGGGUGCCCGGCUAUGAGAGUCCUCCUCCCCGCGUGUUCAACAGCCCCUACACGUCAUCUCUGGACGCCUUCAAACCCACCCACAGGGUGUCUGAAUAUAAGGUCCAGGAUGGGCUGUCCACUGUCCCCUCCGACUACAGCUUUGGCCUGAAUGGUCACAGCAUCAACCCUCUGAUGGCCAAUAAGAUGCAAACUCUCCCUCGUGCACGAUACACCACUACCUUCGACACCCUCACCAGAUCGAGACGGGAGAGGGAGGGCAUCACCAACCAUGUGCCACUGCGGGUGGGCACACGGGACAAGCGGGACUUCAUCGAGGAGCUGACCCGGCAGCUGGAGGAGGUGCAGAGGAGGAACCAGUUCCUGGAGGCCGAGAGCAUUGAGCUGGAUAAGGAGCGCAAUCAGAUCCGCUUUGAGAUGCGCGCCCUGCUGGUGGCCAAGGAGGACCUGGUGUGCCACAACGCCAAGCUGCAGCUGGACAUGAAGGCCAUGAGGGAGAGGAACGUGGAGGUGGAGUCCAACCACAACGUCAUGGUGGAGCGCUUCCGGCAGAUGGAGGGCGAGCUGAAGGAAGCCAGAGAGGUGAUGAUCGAGGCCAACAAUCAGGAGUACGCCUUCAACUUCCUCCAGCAGUCCCUCAAGAACAAGAUCCAGGACGCUGAGGAGGCCCUGGAGAAGCAGACGCUGCAUGCCCAGGCGGUGUCGGAGAAGCUGUGGCAGGCCGAGCGCAGGCUGGAAGAGCUGGAGGUGGACACGGAGAGCCGGGGCAAGAAGAACUCCGAGCUCAACAGCACCGUGAUGCGCCUGGAGGCUGAGUUGUCCGAUGCCUUGCUGAGCUCGUCCCAGGCCGGUGCAGACCUGAGCCUGCAGCAGAAGCUGCGCGCGGACGCCCAGCUGCGCGUGGAGGAGCUGGAGGAGAGCCUGCUGGAGAAGGACCAGGAGAUGUUCCGCCUGCAGGAGAUCAUCAGCAGACUCCAGGGAGAGGUGUCUGGUAAGCUGAGUGAUAAGGAGCAGAGUCUGGAGGAUGAGAUCCAGCUGAGGGAGCGGAUCCAGCUGCAGUGCAAGCAGGCCGAGCGCCACGUGGAGGACCUGCAGAUGGAGCUGCAGACCAGCAAGCAGGCCAAGGAGGACCUGGCCAAGCAGCUCAAGACCAUACAGGAGAGGGUCAUUGACCUGGAGGUGGACCUGGAGGACGUGCACGACAGUGAGCAGAGAUGGGCUGCCAAGCACAAAAAAUCCAUUGAGCAGACAGAACAGCUUCAGCUGAAACUGAUUCAGGAGAAGGACCUGAGCGAACAGCUGGAGUGUGAGAAAGCCAUUCUCGAGAGACAGGUGAAGGAGCUGCGUUCGGAGGUGGACGAGUUGCUGAACUCUAAAGUGCAGGAGGACGUCAUCAGCAGAGCAGAGAGCAAAGUCAAAGAGCUGGAGAGCUCCCUCAGAUCAGAGGAGAGGAACAAGAAUUCCCUGACCAACGCCGCCAACAAGCUGGAGAGGAGGAUCAACGAGCUCACGGAUCAGAUGGAGGAGGAGCAGAAGUCCUUCACAGAGCAGAAGGAUCUGAUGACUCAGCGCAUGCGCUCCCUGAAGCGGCAGCUGAAUGAGGUGGAGGAGGAGGCCGCCCGCAAGGACGCCCAGCUCCGGCACGCACAGAGAGAGCUGGCCGAGGAGAGGGAGUCCAGCCAGAGGCUCCAGAGACAGGUGCUGGACCAGCACCUCCAGCUCAAGAGGAAGGAGUCUCAGCUCAUAAAAAACACCCUAAAGCUGGACCUGAGCUUAGAUGAGGAAGAUGACCCCACAGAAGUAGUAUCUAAGGAUACAAAUGAAUCAAUCUGAUGCAUCCGAGAGAAUCCAGCGGAUCAUCUCCUGAGACCACUAAAUGACCUUCACCAGAAAAGCCGCCUCCUAACUGCAUCCUUUUAUUGAGCUAGUGAGCAAUAUUCAGAAACAGGUGAUGGACACAUGGUGACCGUUCUCAAGAGCACGCAAAAGUUCAAAAACACCGUUUGCACUUCAACACUUCACUUCAACUCCCUCUGACUCUUCAACAGUGCACAAGUGGUAGUUCUUUUAAUUGGAAAAAGGUAACAGAAGUCAGUCGCAAAGCUUGUAAAGGUAGAUGUUUGCCAGACCUCAGGUCUAUAACAAUGUAUAUAUCACAUUUUUAUACUACAUCAGAUAGAAUCCAUAUUUCCAGACAAGACAAGUGUUAUUCACCAACCUGAAUUGCUGUAUCUUGCUUAAAUGAAGGACAAAAUAAGGGUGACGAAACACUCCAACAAUUUUCAAGUUGUUGAUUUCAUAAUUUGCAAAACAUGAAGUGCUAUAAUAGACCAAAACAAGAAUUGACUUUUCAUCUUUUCAAGUUUUCAGUGAGUUUUACAAUAUUUUUGAGAGGACACUGUCACAUGUAAUGCCUUUUUCCAUUUGUUUCUAUAUUGGCCUAGAUAUUCUGUUGUUGAAUGUAAAAUAUUUAAGACUAGUUUUGUUUCAUUCACCGACAUAUGAAUGCUGGGUUUGUGGUAUGAAUCUUAAUUAUGAUAAGUACAGUAUCUUCCUGCAAGUCUGCAUGUCAGCUUGCGAAUGAGUGAUCCUUAUUGUUUUCAACUCUAUUACCAAAGUUGUUUAUGUAUAUAGCGUAAAAAGGGCUACAUGUGUUGUCGUCUGUGUAAAAUGUUUGAAUGUGAAUGGAAAGGGAGAAAUUGUGCUAGGAAAGUAAAAACAUAAUACUGGUUUACUCAGCAGUAGAUUACUGGACUAGUAGUAUACAAAUACUUGCCACUUUUGUUUGUAUUUUGUCGCUGAAAUGCUCUUGCAAAUGCAAAUGUGAUUUCAAAGUGCCAAGUGCAAAAGGACAAGCAGGUGAUGCGGUGCCAAAUUUCAUCAUAGGGAACAAAUGUCACAACUGAUGUAUUUAUUCUUCUCUGUGAAUUCUAUAAGCUUUAGACUAUAAAUGUUGUUGAAUAAACUUGCUAAAUGCA